AUGCAGGUCUUCAGCCUGAAGCUGGAUCAUCGCCAUGGCUUGGAGAAGCUGGAGCGGGAGUUCUGGAAGGAGAUCAACGGCAAGUCGCCUUUCACCGCACAGGCCUUCGUCCACCAGGUCCAACUACCUCGCGAGUUUGCCUCUUGGCAUUUCGAUCUGCCGAUCAAGGACAAACUGCCUACCAGGCGCGUUCGCCAACAAAAGAUCCGAAUCACAAAACACCGCCCCUUCCAACGCUCACAGCCUUUCGAUUUCAAUCAACCGUACCUUCAACAAUACCGCUGGUUUUGGGAGAAGAAGGCGAUAUUCAUAAAUCCUAACAGCAGGCUUUCUAACGGGCUUGUUUUGGGUUUGUUUGAGUUCUAUCUGCUGGUGUUGGAAGCCAUUGAAUUGGCCGGUUCUUUGCUGGGGCUCGAACCUUUAUUUGGCGAACGUGUGCCUGAGCCAGCGGCUUCCGACCCCGGCCAUGGCUACAGGCGCGGGCGAGUUAGAGCACCGUACGAUCUCACCAAGCUUGUGCCCAAGGACUUCUACAACAUCCGGGAGGUGAAGGACUACAGGUUCCGCACGAAGGCGUGGUUCGAGACGGGCAGCGACGCCGAGAUGCACCUGCAAGGCAGCUCAGUCGGCCCGGCCGACGUCCUGGAGCUGCUGCGAAACUCCUCGCCGUCGCGGAGGAGGGCUCCGCCGUCGGCCGAGGGGGUGCAAACCGACGACGAGUGCGAGGAGGAGCUGCAGGAAAUACAUGGAACCUUUGCAAACUCGCCCACAUGCUCAGUCCACAUGGACAAGGGCCCUCUUGACGGCGUCAACCUUUUCCAGCCGCGAGCGCGCGACGCGCUGAAUCAGGCUGCCCCGGACCCCAUCAGGUCAAUGCAGGCCUUGGCCAAAAGAGCAGAGGAUGAGGAUAUACGGAUCAUCGUGCUGGGCCGGUUCACGAUCGAGCAUGACGACAGACGCGCGACGACCUUGGGUGUCAUUGUCCGUCCAGACGAUCCAGGAGAGGAUAGGGUGCAGUACUGCUAG